AUGUCAAUUAUGGUUGCAUCAGUAAGAGUUGCAGGAGUUACUUGGGAUCGUUGUGAGUCCCAAGAACCGAUUAAUCGAUUUGAGGAGGUAUCCCGUUUCCAUGGCAUGGGGGGAACCCAUGCCCCACGCGAGAAAACCGCUGCGCCUGAAAGCUUGUCAACGCCUGCCGCGACUGUCCAGGACGGUGUUCUGGCCGAACUAGCGCCCAAUAUCUUUCACUACUACGCCAGACAGAUCACCCCUAGGCGAUGCGUGAAUGGUGAUGUUAAUAUUACCUAUAUGGUACAGGUGUCCCAAUUACUUGUUGUAGAGUGUGCUCAUCAGACAACCCAUGAGAGUCACUCGCAGCCGUUUCUGCACUUUCAUGCAGUCUGCAGUUGA